AUGGUGAACACUCAAGGUGAUAGGAUUGCAGAGCUAGAGGGGACGGUAGUGGACGAGAUGGCUUGGGCUGAGACCGCUCGUGAUAAGCUUCAGAGGGCUAGAGCUCAAUUGACUAGGAUAUGCGAGGAGGUCCGGGAUCGAGCUUCUGGGAUCUUGGCAGACACCACUAUGUUGAUCGAUGAGGUGAUGGAUGUUAUGCAGAGUCCGGUUCAGAAAGGCACUGAGGAGGAGUGGCCAAUUAACCAACCCGGAGCCCAGGAUAGAGGUGAUGAUAGGACUUUGGAGAGGUAUUUGAAAUUUGCUCCGCCUAAGUUUAUUGGAGGACCUGAUCCUAAAUUAGCGGAGAACUGGUUGGAGAGGAUGACCAACAUAUUUGCUGCUCUAGACUAUACCGAGGAGAGAAAAGUGAACUUUGCUACCUUUCAGUUUGAGGGCGUUGCACGUACUUGGUGGGACGUGAUAAGGGGAAAGUGGGAAAGAGCGCUAACUCCUUGGACUUGGGAAAACUUUACGAGAGAGUUCAAUGAGAAGUUUCUUCCGCCUCUGAUUCAAGAGAAGCGGGAGGACGAAUUUAUAAAGUUGAGGCAAGGAACCUUUAGCGUGGCCGAGUAUGAGGGGAAGUUCAUUAAGCUUUCUAAGUACGCUCCAGAAUUGGUGACUAAAGAGCGGAAAAUAAUAAGGCGCUUUGUGCAAGGAUUCAAUGUGGAGAUCCAGGAAGGGUUGGCAGUAGCCCAAAUCUAUACGUUUACUGAAGCUCUGGAGAAAGCACAGAGAGUUGAGAGCGCAAGGCUGCAAGUUAGGGACUUACAUACUAAGAAAAGGAACAUUUCUAGUUAUACUUCUAGACAGGCAAGUAAAAGUGUCCCACCUUCCAAGAUGGGAAGAGGAAUGGGAGGAGUAAGGACCGCAGGAGCUCGAAAAGGGGCUUUAUCAAGAGGAGGUCGCAGUGGGCAAGAUCAAUCGAGAGGAAUACCUUUUAGUGGUCCGGCCGUAACUCCUCAAGUUGGUUGUGGCUACUAUGGCAAGUCAAAUCACUCGAAUACUGAUUGUUGGAGAAAGUCGGGAAAGUGCUUGUUCGAGCACCAACUCGCGAGUUGUUCAAGUAAGCCGAAGGUAGGAGGUAGUACUCAAAGGCCAGAAAAGUCAGCCUCUAAGCAAACUAGUACUAGAGGAAAUCGACCAAAGGUACCUGUUAGGGUUUACGCAUUGGACUAUCAGCAGAUUCCCGAUGCUAUUGAGGUGGUCGAAGGAAUGGAUUGGUUAGCUCGCUACCAUGCUCAGUUGAAUAGUAAGACAAAGACGGUAGAAUUGUGCAUUCCAAGAGAGGCAACUCUAAAAUUGGACGUAAGGGGUAGAUUAACCUCAUCUGCUCUUAUUUCAGGAAUUCGAGCUAGACAAAUGUUGAGUAAGGGAGGACAAGAAUAUUUGGUUUUUCUUAUAAAUACUCCUAGUGAUAAAGUGAGAUUGGAAGAUAUGCCUGUAGUAAAAGAGUAUCCGGAUGUUUUUCCUGAAGAACUAGAAUCUUUGCCCCCGGAAAAAGAAAUAGCUUUUAAGAUUGACGUGACUUCGGGGGUAGCACCUAUCUCUAAGACGCCUUGCAGGAUUUACCACAGCGAGGCUUUAUAA